CACUAUCUCGGCCGUAAGCUUUUAGGUUUGCUUGCAUGAAUUGGGCCGAUUCCCUGUGCCAAGCCGCGAUCGCAACGCCUCCCGAUGGCAAUAAUAUUCAUGCUCACCUCCGAGAUGUCCCACUUCGCGGCCCAAUACCGGGCCUCAGGCGCCCCCUGGGGAGUCUCGAGUUUUGUUUUGGCAGCUUGGGGCCCGUUGCUGCCGCGGAGCCCAACUAUCCCUGAGAUACACCACAAGUCAGAGGCCUGGUUGCAGAAUCUGCUCGCAGCGUCGAGGUCCCCUAAUAUCUUAACCCCGGUCCCAUGCAUCUCGCAUGGUUAGUGCCCUGCUCGUCUCAUGACACAUUAUUAGCAUCGCGACUAACAGCCCAACGUCAUCAUAACAUUGCAACUACCACUUCCGGGAGCGGGUCGCCCGUCUUGCUAGUACAAUGUUAGGGUGCCAUCCGCUUCGCACGGCGAGAUCGAUGGCAGGACCUCUUCACCGACACUCACCAUCCGUUCGGUGGGAACAAACACCAGAGAAAGCCCACGGAUGAUACCAAGUGUAGGACGUGGGAAGCUGUUGGGAUAACUCUCGAGUGUCACUCUUUCAGCGCAUCAAACCCUUCCUCGAGGCCUAAUCACCACCAACGCAUGGUGUUGAACAGCACCCAACACAACGAACCAUGGACACCUCGUCUGGACCAACAUCCUUUCCAGUCACCCUGUCCUACAUAUCCUUCGUAAUAGGAAUAAUCUCCUUCAUAAUCACAGUUCUCAACCUCCUCGCCCUCUACGCAAACUUCCUAGGCACCGUCCGCAGCGCCCCAGUCGAGAUCCGUGAUGCCCUGGGGAACCUACGGGCCCAGCUCCUAGAAGAGCGUGAGGCUCUCCGCCAGCAGACCCGCGAGCUACGCAACAGGAAAGCCCAGAUGCGGAGCCAACGCCCGCUGCACCCAGCACACGCAGGGCGGGCACGCAGCACGAGCCGCAACGGCCUCAGCCCACGGGCCAGCAGCGGCAAUCUGCGUGGGGCCAGCACAUACGCGCUGACAUACUCGGAGCAGACCCUCGGCCUGCACUACCAGACCGUACGGGACCUGUGGAGGCAGUUCAAGAGCCUGGAGCGGCCGUUCCUCGUCAGGAGCGGGGGCCGAGCCGAGGCGCUGCGGAACGCGGACGCGUGGGCUGAGAAGGACUUCAUUGACGAGAAGACGAUCCGGGAGGAGGACAUUGAGAUGCACGGGGAUACUACGAGCUUCGCGGACUGGUCUGCCGUGUACCGGUGUGACUUCUCGCACCGUUUUAUCUGGUGGCAGAGCAAGUCGGAUGUGGUCAAGCUGGCGGACGAGGUGCAGCGGGUGAUGCUGCGCAGGAUGGAGCGGGAAGUCACCUGUAUGCGCAUGAUGCUGAAGCAGCUUCGCGAUGGUGGUGAUGGGCCCGAGGAGAUUGCGAGUCCGCGGCUUGAUGGAGGAGGAGGAGGAGGCGGCGCAACGGCGUCUGGAAGGGCUGGCAGCCGGGGUCCUGUCCCGCUUGGGAUGCGAAGGAGGCCGACAGCGGAGAAUUACAAUGUCUACGAGUCCUCCGAGUCGAGCAGCUCCACGACUGGGCCAAAGUCACAGCGCCGGCCAGACGAGAGGGAUCCGAGGGUCAACAUGACCGAGGUGAGGCAGGGUCGCCCUCCGUCCCGGCCUGGGCCUGGGCCUGGGCCGGGGCCGGGGCAGGGACCCGAACUGCGUUAUACCGGCGAUGGGUGGAGGCAGGGUCAGUUCACAAGAGUCGUCCAGGUUUCUCCUCGAACUAAUGCCCCGCCGAUACUUGAGCCGCCACGACCUUCGAGACCCAGGACGCGUUCAGGUUAUGAUGGACCACCAGGGCCACCUUCGCCGUAUGACAGGAGACGGUAAUUGUUGUGAUAGCGUGAGCAUCACGGGUCACGACCGGUCUCGCGGUGCAACAUCGUAAUUGUUCGAGGUCUAAUAAGGGUUCUUCAUCUUGUGUCGGUUACACCAAUUUAGAAAUAUGGCCCCGAGGCAGCCUUCAUUGCCUGCGACCAGCAGUUUAUACGAGUAGAUACUUUGACUCAUCAGAUUUGAGCACGAGCAGAUAGAUUU